GCCCGACACAGAUAACUUACUGCCCAACACAGAUAACCUUUUGUGAUUCCAGCAGAGACUUGUGCCCAGCACAGACCACUAGCUGCCACUUCAAAAAGGUCUCCUGUUCAGCCACAACUGUGAGGAUGUGGACCCUGCUCCCACUUAUAUUGGCUGUCCUGUGUAACACAGCCUAUAUGCAAGGUCACGCUGGCACAGACUGUUGCCUUGUCACUGGAACCAAGAGUAUCCCGUACAAUACUCUGCGGGAAUAUCAGAUUCAGAGUAAUUCAGAAGGAUGUCCCACCUCAGCCAUAGUGUUUAUUACAAAGACCUCCAAGAAGCUGUGUGCCCAGCCUGGGUUAAAGUGGGUAAAAAAACUGAUGAAAAAACUGGACACAAAGAAAAAAAAUGAAGAUUCUAAAAAGGAAAAAAAAGUUAAAAAAGAAAAACCAUCUCAGAAGAACUCUUUUCAAAACCAACCAAACUGAGCAAAGGUAUCAAGGAAGAAAAUUCUUUUGAGGGUGUCCAAUGAGGAUACAAUUAAUUCUGCUCACAUCUUUCCAAGCUAUGGAGACUUUCUUGUAACCUGCUUUUAAAUCUUGCGGAAAUUAAUAAAUGUGAAGGAUUUAAUCUUCCUGGAAGAUCCUUCAACUUAG